UGUAAGCAUUUCUACGACACGCCACCCGUCACUCCACCUUCACAUCUUGGUCGAUUGACCAUGGUCACGAGGGCUCGCGGUACAGCUUUCAUUAUGAGUUUCCCGACGCCCAGACCAACAUUUGAGUGUGAGCUGAGAGGACACGGCAACCUGCCCCGAUGGUUUCCAGGAGCUUCUUCGGACCCCGCACGCAAUGACAACAAUGAAGUCACAUAAAUGCACUUAACCCCCAGCACCUGAUUUGCAGCAUCACAGCAUUCCUUGAGCGUCCACAGUAUCAUUUCUUUGAGCUAUACUCCGUACACAGUACUCCGCUAACAACAACCCCCUAUCUUCACCGCAUCCAAUCGCAGGCCUCAAUCACCCUCCUCUCCAUCUACAGUCCUUACCACCACCCACUCGAUACAUAGGCACCUCCAACCGAGCUUCAACAACCUCCAACCAUGGAAGUCAUCUCCCCCACCACCUCCAACACCAGCGAGACCCUCUCCCGCCGCCUCUCGCGCAUCCCCCGCGAACUCGACAUCCUCCCGCAACCCCUCGCCGUCUCCAGCCUCCCAGUCGGCCAACUCGUCUCCCCAUCCGCCAAACUCAACACGUCCGUCCUCGCCGACCGCGACUUCAUCGACGUCGGCGACCGCUUCUACAAGGACGUCGUCCUCAUCGACGGCAAGACGGGCCGCUUCAAGGAGAGCCUGGGCGGCGUGCGCUUGAUUGAGAAACCCGCUCCGGGUGACGAGGUGGGCGUCAUCGAGGCUAUGGAGGAGCGGAUCCGGAUGCUGAAGAACGACGCCGAGGCUUUUGCCAAGGUGUUAAGCAGGGAUGAGCAGGCGAGGGGCUGGAUCGAGAAGAGGAUGGAUAGUGGUGAGGAGGUGGGGUUUGUGACGUCCGUCAGGGAGAUUACGGAUCCGAGGUAUAAGCAUGCGAUGGUGCAGGAGACGGCGACGGGGGGCAUGUGGGAGAUUGAGCUCGAGUCGCCGUUUUCGCAGGAGAAGGGCCCCAAGAAGAGGAGGGAUAGUGGGUUGGAUGUCGUGACGGGGAGUAAUACCGAUGUCGUGGGCGUUAUUGUGAAGAAGGUGGUAAGGGAGGGGGGAGAUCUGAGGUUGAGUGAGGAGGAGCUUGGGACACAGUAUUGGGUUAUGUAGAGUGCUGGGUUGAGGGCUCUAGGUUGUUCAGGGGCAAUCACCAUUAGGACUUGUCUGGGAAGACAUGGAGUUUGGUGUCUUGGUAGGCCUGGAUGGCUUGUAUAAUAUAGAUUUUUGUUCUCACUCUGGUGUAUCCGUAUAUUUGUGCUAUACUGUAAC